CACGGCAGAAGAAGAAGAUUAAAUCUACCAUGACGUGAAGACGACCCACGUUAGCGUCUCUUUUCUGUGCUUCAGAAAUCAGUGAAUAGCAUCUUCCCCCUGAGCAGCAGGAGUGGAGCUCCACAAUGGAGCUCCCCUAUAUUAAAGAAGAAGAAGAGGAGCAACAACCCCCUUACAUUAAAGAGGAAGAGGAGGAACACAGCAUCAGUGAGAAGGGAGAGCAUCUUGAACGGCUGGAGGGGUUCCCUGUGAUUGUUGUCCUUGUGAAAGGUGAAGAUGAUGAAGACAAAGGCCAAAGUGAGGAGAAGAGAGAGGUGGAGCUUCCAAGCGGCAGCUCGACUCAACACAUGACCACAGAAGCGGAUGUAGACCACUGUGGAGGAUCGCCAGCAGACAGCCUCUUAGCUCCACUAUCAGAUAGUGACGACACAACGUCACACUCUCCCGACACUACUGAUGAGGUCUCUAAAGCUGAUAAGUCAUGCCACACUGACAACACACACUGGAAAUGCUCUCAGUGUGACAAAACCUUUAACGACCGUAGUAAUCUGAAAAGACACAUGAGAAAUCACACGGGAGAGAAACCAUUUGCCUGCUCAGUUUGUGGUAAAGGUUUUGUCCAAAAAGGAGAGCUGAAAAUACACACAAGAAUACACACUGGAGAGAAACCUUUCUCCUGUUCAGUGUGUGGUAUAGCCUUUGUGCGAAAUCAAUGUUUGAAAAGACACAUGAUAAUACACUCUGGAGAGAAAGCAUUUUCCUGUUCGGUCUGUGGUAUAGGUUUUGUGCGAAAUCAUGAUUUGAAAACACACAUGAGAAUACACACAGGAGAGAAACCAUUCAUGUGCUCAGUUUGUGGUAAAAGAUUCUCUCAGAAGGUACAUUUGACAGCACACGCAAGAAUACACACGGGAGAGAAACCUUUUUCCUGUUCAGUGUGUGGGAAAGGUUUUGUACUAAAUCAGUCUUUGAAGAAACACAUGAGAACACACACCGGGGAUAAACCUUUUUCUUGUUCAAUCUGCAACAAAAGCUUUUGUGAACGAACAGCACUUGUAAGACACAUGAGAACGCACUCCGGAGAGAAACCUUUUACCUGUUCAGUGUGCGGUAAAAGUUUUUUACGAAAUCCGGAUUUGAAAAUACACAUGAGAAGACACACCGGAGAAAAACCAUAUGCCUGUUCAAUCUGCAGCAAAAGCUUUUGUGACCAAACCCCACUUGUAAGACACAUGAGAACGCACACUGGUGAGAAACCUUUUUCCUGUUCAGUGUGUGGUUUAGGUUUUGUGCGAAAUGAGUGUUUGAAAACACACAUGAGAAUACACACCGGUGAGAAAGUGUUGAGUUGCAGUGUGUGUGAUGAAAGAUUCUCUUAUAAGUACCAGGUUAACAAUCACAAGUGUGCUGGCGGGAACAGCAGCAGCAAAUGAAGCUGCAGGACUUUGAUUAAGCUGUUAAGCACAAAUAUAACGUGUGACAUCACUGUUCUGUGUGUAACACAAAUGCUUCUACCAUUUAAAUGCAAUUAAAAUACGUGUCAGUCAGUUUUAUUCCAUUUAAUUGCCAACAUGAGCCAAGAAGAGAGUCUUUGAAUAUUCAUUUAUUUUAUUUCAAUAUAUCAGAUAUAAAAGCAAAGGUUAUAAAUGUGAAGAUAAAAUACAUUUUGCUGUGAAAUGUCCAUACUGAAGUUGCUUUAAUCAACUAACUACACCAGAGGUCUCAAGUCAUCUGCGGGCUGCUGGAGUGAGAGUCUGUGUAAGGCAAGGAAGGAAGCUGACGCCUGAACAAUUGUAGGCUAUAAGUGACAAAAGGUAACAUGACAGCGCUCAACAAGAGAUGGUCAUAGGCACUUUGGAUUGCUUCAAGGACAUUGCUCUUAAUAUGAGUAGACAGUAGCCAUAAUGGAGCUCACAAUGAGCCUUUCAACACAUCGGAAAUGGCCGCUUCCU